CUCGAUCUGAGCUUCUUGCUCGCCAUUGCAGCUCUGGCUGCUCAAGCUGAAGCCAGUGAAGGGCGGAGCUAGCUUUGGACCUGAAGGCGCGCUAAGCUCCUGCAGAGCUCUGAUUGUUUCAUCCGGACGCUUGCACCUCAUGCAGACGGGGUCCCAAGUCUUAGGCUUCACAAGGAGGGGGUUCUUCCUGACCUCGCAAGGUCACAAACAAGCGGUCUGCAAAUUAGAACAGACGCAUUGCUCUUGGGAGAAGACAGCCUCAAGGCCAGCAUUCUCAAAAGUGUGGAAGCUCACUGUCCAAUGCUAACCCUUUUGGGGUGAGAGCAACCGCUCUUGAGCCUCUGGGGCACAUCUUCUGGAGGUGUGUUCGGCCCUCCUGGCAGAAAAGCGGCGCAAGUAGCAACCGAUAGAAACACGGUGUCUGCGGCCCUGUUGCAAUACCUGCUGGGCAAGAGGGGGUCACGCAGAGGCCCCCCUCGCCCCUCCGCCCAGGGCGCCAGCAUUUAUCAGCAGUAUGACUGGUCACCUUAUCCUUCCUGGAUGGGGCCAGUCAUUGAACAGCCUGCUGAGGCGCCGCAACCAGAAGCUGCUCCGAGUGCGCUGCAAAACCAGGUGCACAAUUCAUCGGAAACCCUAAUCCAGGCUCGGGGCCAAGAUCAUAAUGCGCCGAAUCCUGGGGUUCCGGUCAGCCAAAGCUUCAGCAGGGAGAGUUCUUUUCGGAAUGCGGACAGCUGGAGGGAAGCGCAGGCGUUUGUCCAGGUAUCACUCACAUCAGGAAUCAGGCCACAUGUCCCGCCGAGCAUUGGGUACAGGGCCCUGUGGCCGUCGGACCUGGGGACGCUGCAGGCGAUGCACGAGGCCCUGUUUCCAAUCAAGUAUGAAGCGGACUUUUUCAACAACGCAGUGACUGGCCGGGGCAUCAUCUCAUGGGCUGCGGUUGACCGCAGCAGAGGUGGGACGGAGACAGGGCAACUGAUUGGGUUUGUAACAGCCAAGGUUGUAACAUCUGGCGAUCCAGAAGUUCAAGAGUCAGAUAUUCUUGCCUUCGAGCUGAAGAAUGCGAACCAGACCAUGAUCUACAUCCUAACACUCGGGAUUGCCAAGCCCUAUCGAAACCUCGGGAUUGCGUCGACGCUUAUCUGGCAAGUCAUCCAGCACGCCUCUGCCGCUCCGCUCUGCAAGGCGGUCUUCCUCCACGUGAUUGACUACAACACGAGCGGAAUCAUGUUCUACAAGCGGAACGGCUUCCAGUGCAUACGGCGGCUAGCCUCCUUCUACCAAAUCAACUCGCAGUUCUACGACGCGUUUCUCUACGUGUACUAUGUCAACGGAGGAAGCCCUCCUUACUCGCCAUUGGGCCUCUUCAUGCUGGCGGGGUCCUAUCUCAAGAGCCUGUGCGUAAACGUCGGAUCUUAUAUCCUCGAUCUACGGAACAGUGUUGGCGACAAGCGGAGCAAGUGGAGGGUUUUCUGUGGACCCUUCAACAGUAGGAGUUUGGUAAGACAGCUUCCGAGUGCCCAUGCUUCAGUCUAGUUUAGGUAUUCUCACUCAGCAACUGCGCGGAGAAACUGAUCAUUGAUCCGUAAUUGUCAACACUUGGAAAACGUAGCGUGUACAGCAGAUUUGUUUUUCUUUCCGGAUCAGAAGUUGUUCCUCGCUCGAAAUAGACACAUAUAGCACGCAGUAUCCGACUUCAGUGAUGAGGUUCUCAGGCCCUGCCUUGAGGUCACCCGCUUCCCGCUGCCAGGGAGAAUCUGCUCCUAUAUGCGACAUAUCUCUGGCGGCUAGCGAUGGCAAGUUCCUCUAUUCUCAAAAGCAAGUCACUAUCAAGCUUCAUGCAAGUUCGC